GAAGUGAUUGACGACGUAGGAAUACAGAAAAAAAUCUCAUGAUUGAGAAAACAUUUUUCACAUAAAUUAAGACUGUGCAAAAAUCUAUAAAAUGAAGUGUUAGAAAACAGCACUUUUAUAGUACUGAUCUACCGCAUUUAGGAGACACACUAUAUUCACGGAAAUGGAAAAAAUUGUGAAAUUUUUUGCAGUGUUAGCAUUAAUAGUAGAGUGCUACGGACAAUUUCCACCUGGCAUUAAAAAAUGUCAUUAUGGUGAUUCGGAGUGCAUUCGUGAGACAGCAAUGAAUGUGAUACAAAAUUUUCCUGGUGGAAUGAAAGAAAUGAACUUAGAUUCAAUUGAUCCACUCUUUUACGAAAAAAUCGACCUAAAGAAAGAAUCUAAUGGCCCCCUAAGUCUUCGUAUGAACUUCAGAAAUGUUAAUGUAUAUGGAUUUUCCCGAGCAAAAAUUCUCAAGAUUGAUGGUUUUACAAAGGAUCCCCAGAAGAUUCAGAUCCGUUUUACAUUGGAUAGAAUAAAAAUUCUUGGACACUACAAACUUGGAGGGCAUAUUUUAUAUUUCCCAAUGAAUGGUGAAGGUAAAUGCAACAAUACAAUGUUAAAUUGGGAUUUUCAUUGGAAUGCUACAGUAAAAUUGGUGGAGAGAAAUAAUGAGAAGUAUUUGAAAGUGGAAAACUACAGAACAAGAUUUACAACAACAAGAAUAUUCUUCAAUUUUGAAAAUCUUUUUGGUGAAGAUAAAGCUCUAAGUCAGAGUGCUAAUGAGUUCUUUAACAAUCAAUGGACCCUUUUCUGGGAUGAAAUGAAACCUCUUCUAUUUAAAAUGAGUGGAAAAUUUUUCACAGCAAUAUUUUCUCAGCCAUUUACUGACAUUCCCUACAGAGAAUUAUUCCUGGAGGAUGCUGCAUCAGAAGCAACAGAAAACCAGUAAUACAAAUCAAUAAACUGUUCACUGAGAAUUUCUAUAACAUGUAGUUACUUGUUAGUUAUUUGUCUAUGUAUUCCGUCAUGAGAUUAAUUAUUGAGGUAAUUACAAAUUCUAAACAAUAUUCACAGAGUAGUUUUUCACUUAGCAUAUUUAUAGUUUAAAGUGAUUCUACGAUAGUGUUUGCAAAAUGUUAAGGCAUCAACUUUGUCAACCAAUAACAAAGAAAUUUUUUAACCACUUCAAUCAAAUAUUACGAUAAAAAAAUGAAUUCUAAAAGAUGAAUAGUCUCUCAAGUUCAAUUGAAACAAAAUCUUUGUAUUUAAACAGAUGCGCUAAUUUCCACAAAAUAAUUAUCAAUUUAGUGGGAAUCAAUGUGAAAUUACGAAGUAUUGGCAAUAUACUGUUUUAGAAAUAUAUAGCUUAAUUUAUGCAUCAUGAAAA